AGGUCUGCCUGAGCCAUGGCUUCGGUCUUCAUGUGCGGAGUAGAGGACCUGCUGUGCAAUGGGAGUCGCUUUGUGUGGAACCUCUCUGUGUCCACGCUGACGAGGUGGUACACGCACAGAGCCAGGACAUGCCAACAGAUGCUGAGGUCAUGGUGCGGGCUGAGGGAGGUGUAUCAGAUGGCAGAAGGCCGCCAUUGCAAGGUCCACUUGUUAGACGAUCGCAAGCUGGAACUACUUGUCCAGCCCAAACUGUUGUCGCGUGAGUUGCUGGACCUCGUGGCCUCACACUUCAAUCUGAAAGAAAAGGAAUAUUUUGGGAUCUCGUUCUUGAAUGAUACAGGACAAUAUGCCUGGCUGCAGUUAGAACAGAGAGUGCUUGACCAUGAUUUGCCCAAAAAAUCUGGCACGGUAACACUUUAUUUUGUUGUAAGGUUUUACAUUGAAAGUAUAACCUUCCUGAAGGAAAUCACUACGGUGGAAUUGUUUUUCCUCAAUGCAAAGGCCUGCGUCUUCAAGGGGCAGAUUGAAGUGGACAGUGAGACCGUCUUUAAAUUGGCUGCACUCAUUCUCCAGGAGGCCCGGGGAGACUACAGUAGUGAUGAAAAUGCACGGAGAGAUCUGAAGAUUUUACCAGCGCUCCCUACCAGAACCCUACAAGAACACCCCUCCCUUACCUAUUGUGAAGAUCGUGUUAUCGAGCACUGUAGGAAACUGAAAGGCGUCACAAGAGGACAAGCUAUAGUCCGGUACAUGAAAAUAGUGGAAGCUCUGCCCACAUAUGGUGUUCAUUACUACAAAGUAAAGGACAAGCAGGGAAUCCCCUGGUGGCUGGGAAUUAGCUUCAAAGGAAUUGGACAGUACGACAUACAAGACAAGAUUAAACCCAGAAAGCUAUUUCAGUGGAAGCAGCUGGAGAAUUUGUACUUUCGGGAGAAGAAGUUUGCAGUGGAAGUGCACGAUCCCCGUAGAAUAUCUGUGUCAAGAAGAACCUUUGGUCAGAGCGGUUUUGUAGUUCAGACGUGGUAUGCGAACAAUUCUGUAAUCAAGUCCAUAUGGGUGAUGGCAAUUAGUCAACAUCAAUUUUACCUGGAUAGAAAGCAGAGCAAAGCCAAAAUCCCAACUGCCCGUAGCAUGGACGAUAUUGCCGUGGAUCUGACAGAAAGUAGAAUUUCCAAAAUGGUGGACGGCAAGAACCCAGUGAUCAUGGCGAGCAGCGGCAGUUUAAUAUCGUCAGGUUCUCUGGACUCUGAGGUCAGUGAGGAUCAAAAAGCUGAGAAAAUUGUGGAAUUAAAGAAAAAAGAGAAAGAUUUACAAGAAAUCCUUCUGAAAAAAAUUGAAGAACUGAAGAAAAUUUGUAUGCGAGAGGCGGAACUGACCGGCAAACUACCAACGGAGUAUCCACUGACUGCUGGCGAAAAGCCCCCCAAUGUUCGCAGAAGGAUGGGUACUACAUUUAAGUUGGAUGACAACAUGCUUCCUGGUGAAGAGGAUUCUGAUCUGCAAACGUUAGAGCACAAAUUCCUCAUACAACAACAAAUGGUGGAGGCCACCAAGAAACUCUUGAUGGAGCCCGAUCUCCGCAAGAACGUCAAGCGCAAGAGGAAGCAGGAUUAUACCGAUUCCAUAAAGAGACUGCAGGACAUAGAAAGUGCAAUUAAUGAAUAUAGAGUCAAGAGCGGGAAGGAUCCUACAAAAAGGGCCUCUCUGCUUAUACAAGAUGACAUCAUCCCAUCAGAAAGCAGCUCCUUGUCUGACACUACCACCUUUGAUGAUGAUGAUUCUCUGUAUCUACAAGGACAGAGAUCCCUGCAGAAUUCCCCUAAAAUACGACCCCCAAAGUCCAUGGGGGACAGAAGCCUUUCCAGAAAGUCCUCUCUCAACGAGCAGUUUUCAGACAUGCGGUUGGCCAGUCACAGAGAGCCUACAUCAACACACAGCAGCCCGUACAAGACUGCGGAGAGGAAACCUCACGGGGGAAGGAGCAUGCCAUCGACUCCUGUUCUAACACGAAACGCCUACAGCAGCAAUCACCUCCAGAAUGAUGGGAUCAUCCACACCAGCAGGCAGCGUCGGGGGAGUCUAGAAUCCCACACGCCUCUCAUUGUGGACGCUGUCGAUGGCAGUGCAACCUUCUCAAUCUCCAAAAGUCAAAGAAGCAACAGCACCGAGGUUCUAGAUGACGGGUCCUCUUACACCAGCCAGUCCAGCUCGGAGUACUACAGCACGCCGCCAAAGCAGAACCACUGUUACACCACUCAGACGCUGGACAACCGCCGAGAUAGGAGGCGGCACAAGAAGCAAAACUUCUCUGCGGCAAACUCUGGGAGCAUGCCCAACCUGGCGCACAAGGAUGCACGGAACAGCGUUUACCAAAUAACCCAGAACCAGCCAUCCUCAAACUAUUACAUCACAGGAUACUCGGCGUACCAUGAAAGUGAUCCCUAUUAUAACGGAGGAUACAUAUAUGAGAAUGAUACCGAGGGGCAAUACAGUGUUAACCCCUCAUAUCGAACAACUGUGCAUUAUGGAUAUGACACUUAUAGGGAUAUGAGGUAUGACGGGGACCAGAUUGUGCCUCACAACCCUUAUGCAACACUGAGGCUUCCCAGGAAGAAACCUGCAAAGACCACGGAGCAGAUCACCAAGAACAUUCACAAGGCCAUUGUGGCUGAGCAUUUAAGGGGAUGGUACCAGCGGGCGGCCUAUCAGAAAGACCCAGGCCAUGGACUGCAAGGAAUGGUUGAACCAGAUCGGGGUUCACAGAGGAGCCUUUGUUUUGCCUCCUCUUUGCCAAUUCCCUCAUCUCCAAGCAUCCGGGCCCCAUCCUGCUCUUCCGUGUCCUCCACAAGCACAACAGGAAGCCGGUGGGUACACAGCAGCACAGCGCCGUACCCAGAAUACAACACUGUACCCCAUCCCACUUACACCGGCUACUCCACCGCAUAUAGCAGCACACCUCUGCCGAGCAGAAGUUUUCUCACUUAUACCCCUCAGCUCGAUGACACGGACAUUGCCCCAAUAGAUGACAGCCCUCUUCAGACUGAACAGGACAUCUUGUGGCAUGAAGAUUCCAAGCCGGGCACUUUAGUUUGAAGUGAGAGCCUCAAGACGUAUGUCAAUUCUUCAGUCUUCACCUCAUGUGCCUUGCAGUGACUGCGAUCUUGCACUGGUGCUUCAGAAUUCUACUGACUAUUCUAAUGGCACCGGCUUGCCAUAGAAAAAUGGUCAAUAGUCUACGGAUUGACUAGCAAGGCACUCCUAAUACACCAUCUGGUAAAGAAAAGCACUUGGUUUUAUAACUGAAUUUGAAAAGCACUUUGUGAAAUCACUGUGUGACAAGGACAUAAAGGCAAACUGCGAUCGUCUCAGUGGUCUAGGCCUGUUUUCCGUUGAAGCACAAGGAAAGCACAAAAAAGUCACUUUUGGCGUCGCAGACAGGUGAAUCAGUGAAUAGUGUGGUCCCAGGCUAAAACAAUGCAGUCAGUAUUGGAUUAUUUAAAUGAAGGAUUUUAACAAGAAUGCAUACUGUAUGUGGAAGAUGUCUUUUUUUAAGCCGCCAUUUUGUUGAAUACCAAUCCAAUGCUUCCAAUUAACGUGAAAAAAAAGGUUUUGAUGAACUCUCCCAAAACAUUGUAAAUCUUGGAAAUGUAUAUACAUUGUCUUCUGGGCUACUUUUUAAUUGCGUUGUCUUGUUUUUUAAUAUAUAUAUAUAUAUAUACAUCACACUGUUCUAUAACUUACAAGCUUGAUGAAGUUAUGAUGGUACAGCUCGGAUUUUUAUAAAUGAUCACCAAACCUUUUUGUAUGGAAUGGUUAUAAUCUGCUGGUCAGGUAUCACUAAUAUCUUUUUAUUAUUUGCAAUAGAACAAUAGGAUUUUUCUGUGUGGAAGGUACGGUGGAGAUCUACAAAUGUGACUAAGCCCAGAAUGUUUUUGUAAAGUUUUUAUUGGUCAUCCACAAACAAAAUAAGGUAAAAUUCCCCCCUCCCAAUUAUCUACUAUAGGGGGGUACUCACGGAGCGCUGCUUAAAAUCUAAGCAAUCUGACUAGUGGGUGAAAUGAGCGCCAAAAACAAACAAACAAAAACAAACCAAAAACAUGUCAACCAUUGUCACGUCACCCUUUUGAACCAGUCAGACGACACGGCUGCGACCCCUGCUACGCUAGUGGAAAAUGGGUAUUACUGUGUUCACAUUAUACAGUUUAAAAGCAUCUUGCACCUUCAGAUUGCUAUCACUAAUUGGCUUCUUUGUGACCUCUUGCAACCUUUAUAAAAUACAUUGCUUUUUCAUUUAAUACCAUCUAUGCUCCCCAGCUGUGUCUUUUUAUUAUCAGGCUAAAGUGGUUUCUUUCUUCUGUCUACAUGUCGGACUCCUUUGUAUCCAGUGCAAAGAGCAACAUAAACCGAUGGGUCCUAGGGCAACAAGGAGAAACAAUAUUGCUAGAAAUAAGUGGAAAAUUGCAGAAGCCAAAAGCGAUAAGGCAAUGUAUUUAGUAAAAGUUGCAGAGAUAACAUUAUCUAAUGCAUUCAAGUUAUGUGAAGGUGGAGAAAGGCUUAGUUUAGUGACCAAUUAGCUUGUUGUGAUCCUCUAAUAAGGGCACAUGCUAAAUUAGGAACAUGGGCAUUAUUGCAUAGUACAUGACCAGAGAACAUGGGGCUUUACCUGUUUGCAGUAGCUGCAGGUUUUUCCAGUCUCUCCGAGAAAUGUCAGGCAGCAAAGGUUGAACAAUUCUUUACACAAUUGUUUAAAAGUCACAAUGACCUCUACCUUACAAAAGCAGGAGCACAGCUCCAAACACAGUUCAUGUCUUUCAGGACAAGGCAUGCUUAAACAGGCGCCCGUAUUACCCCUCGCCUUGUCUUUGCUUCAGGCGGUGCUUCGCGGGAUGAACCAGUUUUCUGCAAGACAGGACUGCAGAUCCCACCCACAGCCUCACGUAGGAAUGUUUCCUACUUAUGUGCGUGAGGUUGGUUUUGUUUCUUUGUUUUGUUUAUUUUUGUUUUAAACUAUUUUGUAAACAGAUUCGAGAAUCAAGCUGGUCCUUAGUCAUUUGGAUUAUUGGGGUGUAGAAGGUCUGAUCUAAUGGAAACGAGAAACCAUAUUUAUUUGUUUCGUAUAGCAUCUUCUAGAAAAUAAUUCCUUUUGCAUUUUCUGCUUCUGAGGCCAAUUUUUUUUUUUAAACAGAUGGGUCCUGUAAUAAAAAAGGAAUUGUUGGAAA